GCGAGUUACAGUCCCAGCCAGGGGUCCUGCAGCGAGGUGCUCUGUGGCGAAAGUGAUACAUGCUGGGCUGUGACCCAAGCAGCAACUCAGGGCUUGAGCAGCAAGGAAUGAGGAUUUCCACGCACUCUCCCUCCACCCCAAACUACUCUCCCACAUGCAGGCUGCUGGUCCAGAUGUGGCUUUGCCUCACUAUUGUAGGUUUUUAAAAAUACAUAUAGUUUCAUUGAUUUCAGAAAGGAAGGGAGAAGAUAGAAAUAUCAAUGAUGAGAGUCAUUGAUCAGCUGCCUCCCGCAUGCCCCACACUGGGGACCUAGCCUGCACCCGGGCAUGUGCCCUGACCUGGAAGCUAACCAUGACUUCCUGGUUCAUAGGUCGACACUCAACCACUGAGCCAGACCGGCCAAGCGGCUCCUGUUUUUUUACCCUUUUGACAGUUCUGGUGACACUGUCUGCUCAUAAGCCUUGAGGCCAUGUCUUGCUCAUCUUUAUAACAACGGCAUCUGGCCCUGUUCAGGGAGUGUUGCAGGUGCCACUAAUGUUUGAAUAAAUAUCUGUUUAUCACAGCUAUUUGCCCAGUCCCUAAUCUAGAGGCUCUGGAAUAAGCAGCAUCACAGAUUUUAGAAUCAGUCUAUGUAUCACAUGCAGAAAGGUGAGAUGGCCGAGAAGAUUCUUUCUGGGGUCUGAAGUGGAAAGCGUGGAAUGGUAAGGCAGUUAGCAGAGGAAGCAAAGCAGCUUCAAAGAUGUGUGGGAAAUGGAUAAACUGUGUGGCCCCUCUGAUCUUUAGUGUCCGUGCUUGUAACAUGGGGACCUCACAGGUAGAGGAAGGAGACCCCCAAAAUGGCCAUGAAAGUAUUUUGUGAAGUGUAAAAUGAACACAGGUAAAAUGAUUAAUAAAGCUUAUUGAUAAGUCUCAUGCAUUAGUGCCAAUCUAUUUCUGUGAUCUUACACCUGAUCUUAAGGUCCUCUUUUAUACAUUCAGCACAAUGGUAACUGCGUUGCUGGAUUGGCUUGAGGAGGCAAUGCGUAAGGCAUAAAAAGUGCUUCUUAUAUGGAUAGCUUCUUUUAAAAAAUGUUUUUAUUGAUUUUAGAGAUCAUCGCUGUUUCACCAGUCACGAGAGGAUCUGCUCUGUUACUAGGAAGCUAGCUGAUUUUAAAGGGGGAGAGAGAGAGAGAGAGAGAGAGAGAGAGAGAGAGAGAGAGAGAGAGAGAGAGAGGGAGAGAGAUGGAUUGGCUGCCUCCCAUAUGCACCCCACUGGGAUGAAACCUGAAACCUGGGGAUGCACCCUGACCGGAAUUGAACCUGUGACCUUUCAGUGCAUGGGAGAUGCUCAACUGAGCCACACAGGCCAGAGCUGGAUAGCUUCUUAAAAAACAGACUCCUGGCAUCCCAUCUCUGCCCUCUUCCUAAUUGGGAUUCUUUGGGGAUGGAGACUAAACAUCUGAAUUUUAAAUAAGCGUCCUUGGUGAUUGAUUAGGGUGGUCCAGGGAGACUUUAAGAAACACUGAAAGGGUUAAGUUGUGUGUGUGUGGGGGGGGGGGGGGGGAGACAGUACUAUCAUAUGUGGCCAUGAGAUGGCAGCAGAGAGAGGCAAGGUGAGGGGCUGGGAGCAGGCCGACUUGGGGAUGGGUUGUGGGAGGAGCUGGGCCCUGUUCAGCACGGUCAUCUUUGCCAGCUGAAGUCUAUUGCUGCAGACUGCUCCCCUGUGACCGCCUGUCUGAUUACCAGGUCUUUACAGACGCUUUGCUUUUGCCAAACUCUGCCAGCAGAAACCGCACCAGUGUGACCUUGGCUGGCUGAGGGGCUAGUAAUGUGUGUUCCACAUGGUGAGUAUGGGAGGCAAGGGCUGUCACCUGCACAAGGCAGCUUAGUGAAAGGGCAUCAGUGCAUGUUGAAGCAGGGUUUCCCCAUCCGCCUGAUGCCAGGCUUGUGGUUCCAGGUGCUCUGAAAGGGUUCACCUGAACCCAGCCUGCUCCAGUCACGAGAGGAUGAGCUCUGUUGCUGGGAAGCUGGCUGAAGGCCAAGCAAAGGAUGCUGGGAUGGGGUGGUGGCAGGGAACAUGGGACGAGGCAGCUGUCUCUGGAAGCAGACAAGCUGUCCCUGGCUUCAGCAGGGGUGGGGCGGUAAGAGGAUUAGGUGACAGUCCCCUAACUCGGCCCGGAACUAACACCCCGCCCCCCCUCACUCAUGAGCCUUGGCCUGCCCGCUCCAAGCCUGCCAACGUUCAGAAUAACCCUGAGGACCAGACAGCAGGAUGGCAGGGGCUCUGCUCAGCGCCCUAUUCCUCUUGCAGCUUCUUGGCACAACAUUGGUUCCGAAGACACUCAUGGGAAAGUACAUCGUCUCAGAGGCAGACACACAGGGGAGCAGGGCCCCGCACAGACUCGGAGGGGGCAGAGGGGAGAGGCCCCCUAGCCUCUUCAUCUCAGUGUCUCUGCUGCUUGUCACCAUCCCCAGGCCGAGGUGAGGGGAAUGAGGAGUUGCGCCUUUAUCACCAUCUUUUCGACAAUUAUGACCCACAAUGCAGGCCAGUGAGGGAGCCUGAGGACACUGUCAGCAUCAACAUCAAGGUCACCCUGACCAACCUCAUCUCGCUGAACGAGAAAGAGGAGACCCUCACCACCAGCGUCUGGAUUGGAAUCGAUUGGGACGAUUACCGACUCAACUUCAGCAAGGAGGACUUUGGGGACAUCGGAAUCCUGCGGGUCCCGUCCAAACACGUAUGGCUACCAGAGAUUGUGCUGGAAAACAAGUACGGACCGGAGGGAAACCAGGCUGUUGGAAGCCGAGGCCCGAGGGGCUGGGUUGGACCUGGCCGAGGCGGGAGGUUGCUUGGAGGGCGAGGGGUGGCGGACCUCCGCGAACGCCGGGUUUCUGGGGCCCACAGCAUCGACGGCCAGUUCGGGGUGGCUUACGACUGCAACGUGCUGGUCUACGAAGGCGGCCACGUCAGCUGGCUGCCCCCCGCCAUCUACCGCAGCGUCUGCGCCGUGGAAGUCUCCUACUUCCCCUUCGACUGGCAGAACUGCUCGCUCAUCUUCCGCUCUGAGACGUACAAUGCCCAAGAGGUGGAGUUCGUCUUUGUGGUGGGCGAUGACGGCGAAACCAUCAGCAAGAUCGAUAUCGACACUGAGGCCUACACCGAGAACGGCGAGUGGGCCAUCGACUUCUGCCCCGGGGAGAUCCACCGCCAGGACGGAGGCUCCGCUGACGGCGCAGGGGGCAUUGACAUCGUGUACACGCUCAUCAUUCGCCGGAAGCCGCUCUUCUACAUCAUUAACAUCAUUGUGCCCUGCGUGCUCAUCUCAGGCCUGGUGCUGCUCGCCUACUUCCUGCCGGCGCAGGCCGGCGGCCAGAAAUGCACCGUCUCCAUCAACGUCCUGCUCGCCCAGACCGUCUUCUUGUUCCUGAUCGCCCAGAAAAUCCCCGAGACGUCGCUGAGCGUGCCGCUGCUGGGCAGGAAUGAGGCGGACCCCGGGAGACCGCGUCCGCACAGGCACAGCCAGGCCCCCUGGAGCAGGAACCGCGCGCUCGCGCCCGCCGCAGCCCCUGCUUGCCGAGUGCCCUGCCCCGCAGCCUGGGCCACCCGGGCCAGCGCGCCACCCGGAUCUCCGGCGUCCGGGGCAUGUCCGCCGAGUUUCCGCACCUCCUGCUGCAGCCACAGGGCUGAGAUCUGCAUGGGGGUGGGGGUCCCGGAGUUAGCUGCGGACGCAGAGGUCCCUGUCCCCCGUCUCCGCCCCUCCUCAGCCCCCAGCGCCCUACCUCUAGCAAGGUGGUGCCCAAGUUCACGGCGCUGGCCGCGGCUUCUCUUAGCAGCAGCCCCAGGGUGGGCUUCGGAGCGGGCGUUCCCCGAGACUGCAGCUCUGCGAACCUCUGCUCCAGAUACUCGUGGGCCGCGGCCACAGCGAGCUCCAGCGACGACAGAAGCGGGGGCUGGAGGGCCACCUGGGGAGGCGCAGGGGCAGUGGAGCCGUCGGGUCAGGGGACAAAGGUCGCGGGGGGGGGGCCUGGAGACCUUCCCCGAGGGUGUCGAGGUGCUACCCUCAGGCCGGGCCCCGGGCGUCGCCUCACCUCCGUGGAACUGUGGAAGUGGUAGACCCACAGCAGGGUUUCCAGGGAGCCGGGGGUCCCCUUCAUGGCUGCCACGGGCGGUCGGAGAGGGAGAGCGCCGGGGAGCGCGCGCGGCCCCGCAGCGGAGCGGCUGGGGAGGCCCCACUCCCGGCGGAGAGGAGGGUUUGUGAGGUCAGAGGCCCGGCGCUCCACCUGCGGCUCGGGCCGUGGGGAGGCUGUGAGGUCACGCACCUCGGGCUCCCCAGGUACCUCAUCUUCGUCAUGGUGGUUGCCACGCUCAUUGUAAUGAAUUGCGUCGUCGUGCUC